GCGACUGGUGCAACAGAGGAACACUUACGUCACCCUCAUCAUACAAGCAUCAGAAACACAAAAGUCAACGAAUCGCUACAGUUUGGAUUGCUUCUAAGCCUCCCUAGGAGCUUCUCGCUGUUCGAGCAUAUUCCCUCAUCAUCUCUUUGUUGUUGUAGGCAUCUACACUGACAAGCAUUCACCCUUUAUUUCUACCUGGUCUCCUGCGUCACUCACAGUGCCAUCCUCCACUUUCUACCCAUUCCUGCAAGACAUCCAACAUGCCCGAGCCCUCUGAACCUCCCCCAUCGUACGAGGCAGCCACCGGCUCCUCGGGCGCAUCAACCAAACCUCAAACAUCAACCCACCUCGAAGUACCGCAGGCCAAGAAUGGCAUCCCCGCAGAGGCCCGUCGAUCUAUGGAAGAUUUACAAAGACCUCUGCCGCGAGGGUGGGUUCGACAAUAUGACCCUAAAGAAAACCACCAGUUCUUUGUUGAUACGACGGCGAAUCCUCCCAUUUCAUACUGGGAGCAUCCUCUCGACAACGAACAAGUUCUCAAGAACCUAAGCUCUGAGGAGCGAGAGCGACUUCAAGACGAAGAGAGCCGGAUGAGACAAACCCAACCGCCACCAAGCCCAUCUAUGCGACAUGAAUAUCCUCCUCUACCCGAAAGACCGAGCGGCUCCAACUCUAAAGCUGAACCCAAGAAAAGCUUCGGCGAGAAGUUCAAGGACAAAGUUACAGGCAUGACACAUGAUGAGCGAGUUCAAGAGCGUCAAAUGCGGGAUGAGGAAGAGCGACGAUACUAUGAAGCCCACGUCCGAUUCCGGGAAGCGAUGCAGAGAGCACAGCUUACCGGUCAGCCGCAGUUCUUCGCUCGAGACCGGGAUGGACGGGAAAUCUAUGUGGAGCCACCCAAUGGGCCUGGCUACGGUGGUUAUGGCGGUUAUGGAAUCAACCCCUAUACACGUGGACUCUAUGCGAACCCCAACGUCAGAUUUGUGCGACCAGCCUAUGCAUACAACCGGCCUUAUGGUCCAUAUCGGGGUGGCGGCCUUGGUCUGCCUGUCGCCGGUGGUCUUCUUGGUGGUGUUCUCCUCGGCGGAUUAUUGUUCUAGUCCUGGGAUGGAGUUCAAAGCAUUGAAGCCGUGGAUGACAUAUCUGCAUGCUUCUGCUAGAGGAUUUCCACCCUUUCAGGCGUUCUACUCGUCCUUCUCUUUUGUUUGUUCUUGCUCUAUACCACAGCCUGGCGUUGAUUGUUCUAUUUUAGAGGAUGAAGAGCCCUUAUGACCUGAUGCUGGAGUAUGAUGGGAGGAAAUAUCCAUAGCCUUUAAGAAUAAAUAAGAGAUUUUAAUAUUGCAUCGCUGCCUGUGUUUUCAAUACUCUCCAUCUGUCC